GUGCGCAAGCGCCGGGCCCGCCUGCGUCGAGCAGCCGAGGCAGGCGGGAAGCACGCUCAGGCUCAAGGGCCCCCUCGUGUUGCUUUCGCUGACGGGGGAGAGAUGGGGUUGCUUAUUAUCUACCCCCUGCCUUGCUCUCUAGAAGCUGAGGGAAAUGGUAGCAAGUCCUUUCACGUCUCCACACACUUUUUAAGUAACUCAGUGGGACCCACUUCACUGCGGAGUAAGUCCCCCACCUGCUUCUGAGUAAAUUAGGAUCAGGGCCCAGGGCUAUUUUAGACUGCAAGGCUCCUAGGCAAAGGAUGCCGCCUUUUAUAAAAUAUUGUGGGGGGGGGGGGGAGGUAAGCCCAGCCCCGCAUAAUCGACCACAAGACGGAGUGGGUGAACACCAUUUGAAUGGCAAUGCCCAUUAAUUUGGGGGGAGGGAGGCCUCAAUUUUUUUAUUGGGGGGCCGAAGUGACCUCAGCCCCUAGGAGUUGCCUCCUAUGGUCUUAGGGCAGUGCAGGGACUUGCCUUUUCUGCCUACUAUUAUGUUAAUACUGUAAAACGCCCAAAUAUAUUUGCUGAGGGAUGCCCUAUAAUACGGCUUAAAGGCAUCGUAAAAACAAUUUUGUGACAGUAAUUGAUUCCCACAGAUUUGCAUACGACUAGAAGGAAUAGUUCUGAAGAAUAGCGCCCAUGGACUUCUUUUGUUUCUUUGUUUUCCUAUGAUGCGUACACACAUGUCACAGCAGGCACCACCAGCAGCAGGAGAGAAGUUUCCUCCCGUGAGAAGGAAAAGGGAAGUGGGAACAAGACCUUGGAACCCCCUGGAAUCUUGCACACUGCUCAGCAGAGAAUUGUGAGACAUGAAAUCUUCAUAACAACUGCAUGCAGGGAAGCAAGUAGCCUUCAGUGGGGAGAGGAAAGAGGCGCUGGAGAGGAAAGACCUGGGACUCACUCACACACAAGCAGGUCACGCCACUUCCCUCACGCCAGGUCAGCACAUUAGCCAGCCAACAUCGUGUUCCUCAUUUCAUCCUGAACAGUGAAGAACUGCAUGCAAGACAAUACUUCAGAAUCUUCUACUUCGAUAACUCAACUACUGAGAGAGAGCUAUUUAGCUGAAAACAACCGCCAAGGGAAUAGUGAAAGAAGCAGAUCAGAACCAUCUCCACAUUCUUUCCACCGUGGCAGUAGUUCGGGGCCUUCAGACGAGGUGGCUAGCCAAGAGGACCUUCCUGAUCUUUCAGCCUUUUUGAGCCAAGAAGAGCUGGAUGAAAGUGUGAACUUGGCAAGGCAAGCCAUCAAUCAAGAUCCACUUGAGAACAAGCAGGACGAACAGAUACAUGUGUUCUUUCCCUCUGAGUUGAAAAACUCUGGAAAUACAGUUUCAAACAAACAGCAGUUCCCAUCUAAGGCAGCUUCACCAACUUCAGACAGCAGCCUAAGGAAACAGCAAUUUGGUUCCGAGACAGAGUCAAAAAAGGAAUUCCUCAACAAGGCUGCAGAUUUCAUUGAGGAGCUUUCUUCUCUUUUCAAAGCACACAAUUCAAAAAGAAUCAGGCCCCGAACAUGCAAAAACUACAGGAGCAAACUUGAAUCUAAAAAUAAGGCUGCUCAGGACAGUGGUUCUGCUUUCUCAAAUCUCUCUGAAAACAGAGAAAGGCCUUGUGACCCAGUACCGCAAGAUUUAGCUGUAGCUGAGCACUCACUUGAAAACCCAGAUAACCCUCCACAGGCAGACUUGGAAGCUGUUAAUCAGCUAGAAAGUUCAGGGUUAACAACAGAGUCAGCAGCUGCAUCGUUUUAUUCUGAGGAGACAAUAGGCCAACCACCACAUUUUACUCAAAAGCUGAAGAGCAGGGAGGUCCCUGAAGGAACCAAAGUGCAGUUGGACUGCAUUGUGGUAGGAAUUCCAACACCUGAAAUCAGGUGGUACUGUGAAGGGAAAGAGCUUGAAAACUCACCAGAUAUUCACAUCAUCCAGUCAGGACAGCUGCAUUCACUAGUUAUUGUUGAAGCGUUUGAAGAAGACACAGGGCGUUACUCCUGCUUUGCUUCUAACAUCUAUGGGACAGACUCAACCUCUGCAGAGAUCUACGUAGAAGGAGCCUCCUCUUCUGAAUCUGAAAGUGACACGAGCACCAGCAAAGAAGAAAUGGAUCAAUACCAAAACCGCACCAAGAUCUCUUCAAAUGUGCCUCCUCCUCCUGCUCCUCCUCCUGUUAAUACCACCCAUCAAGAAACACCGAAACCACAACCUUCUAUGGUACAUCCUGUGUCGAUACCCGCCUACCAUAGUCAAAGCCCCACCAACUAUUUACAAGGACUUGAUGGAAAGCCCAUAAUAGCUGCUCCAGUGUUUACUAAGAUGCUACAGGAAAUAUCUGCCUCUGAGGGCCAGCUGGUUGUGUUUGAAUGCAGAGUGAAAGGAGCCCCUUCUCCAAAGGUUGAGUGGUACAGAGAAGGGACGUUGAUAGAAGACUCCCCGGACUUCAGGAUAUUACAGAAAAAACCUCGCUCUAUGGCUGAGCCAGAGGAGAUUUGCACGUUGGUCAUUGCGGAGGUGUUUUCAGAAGAUUCUGGGAGUUUUACGUGCACUGCAAGCAAUAAAUAUGGGACAGUCUCCAGUACAGCUCGCUUAACUGUAAAGGGACCUGAGGACCAGAAUAAUAAUGCUGCUCUCCAUACUAUAAGUUCUAUCAGUUUAGUUGCUGCUGAGCAGCAGCCUUCUGCACCUGCCCCUUCACUUCCACGGGUGGAUCAGCCUCCAAAGCCUAAACUGGAAGGAGUUCUUGUAAACCACAAUGAACCCCGGUCAAGUUCCAAGAUAGGCCUUCAUGUGCACUUUAAGCUUCCGGAAGAUGAUCAAGGAAGUGAAGCUUCAUCAGAGGGUGGAGGAGUGCCUACAAAUCAAACCAGACCAAACUGCUUCCCGGAUAAGAUCAAUGGACAGAUAUUUAAAAACCAGGAGCUAACCUCACCUUCUAAAGAGCCACCUCCUGUGUUGGCUAAACCAAAACUGGAUCCCACCCAGUUAAAACAGCUACACACCCAGGUCUUGCUUGAGCAACAGCAAACACAGCAACCAUCCCCCCCACCUCCAAAAGAGUUGCCAUUCAGUACUGGCACACUGAACUCUGCUACUUCAUCCAACCAGCAACAGCAGCAGCCUUCAUCGACUACAUACAAGCAAAACAAGGGUCCCUCGACACAGACAUUCACCUACACCCGUCCUAAGCAGUUCCUGGCAUCUCAGAACACCACCCCAGCUGUCAGCUCCCCUUCCAGCUCCCCCAUGCCUUCAUUCAGCAACAUACCACAAGGAUCCCAGAGGACAACCAACAGGGAGAACUUCCUAGGAUCCCCACCAGCCCAGACAAGGCCUCCAGGAGGGUUGGCAAACCAAACUGAGCAGCCUCUUACAAGUCCCAAAGAACCUGUGUUGCCACCACUGUUGCUUUCUGUAUCUAGCAUGAAUCAGUUCCAGCCGCAAAAUGUGCCUCCUACUCCUCUCUCUCCAACUGGUCGAAUUCAGAACCCGGUAGCCUUCCUCAGCUCUGUUCUACCUUCUCUUCCUUCUACACCCCCAACGAAUGCCAUGGGUCUACCUAAAAGUGCGCCAACUCCUGGAAGCCAGGGAACGGUGAAGAAAAAUCUUAGGCCUUUGCCACUGCCAACAGAAGAUUCAAUUAGAGAUCACAAAGCUGCUGUUGUCAAGGACCUGGAGAAAAGACUGCAUUUACGGGAUGAUGUAUUUCCACAUGGCCCGCAGAGAGCAACCUAUGAUGAAAAUCUGGCUCGCAAGCUUCAGGGACCAAGCAAUGAUACCCCAAUCUUCAACUUUACAGCUCAGGAUGUAUCUAAGGAAUAUAAAAUUUCCAGCUUUGAGCAGAGGUUGAUGAACGAAAUAGAGUUUCGCCUUGAACGUACCCCAGUGGAUGAAUCAGAUGAUGAAGUUGAGCAUGAUGAGAUCCCUACGGGCAAGUGCAUUGCCCCAAUCUUCGACAAAAGACUCAAGCAUUUCCGUGUCUUGGAAGGGUACCCUGCUACCUUCACUUGCAAAAUUGUUGGAAUUCCUAUACCUAAGGUAUAUUGGUUUAAGGAUGGCAAGCAGAUUUCAAAGAAAGAUGGACAUUUCAAGAUGAUCAGGGAGGGUGAUGGGACAUGCUCAUUGCAUAUUGAAGAGACCACGAACGAUGAUGAUGGAAACUAUACAUUCAUGGCUGCAAAUCCACAGGGGAGAAUCAGCUGUUCUGGUCACUUACUGGUUCAAACUCCUCCAAUGCGUGGUAGAUUAACAACAGCAAUCCAGUCACACAGGGGAAGAUCCCGUAUACCAGAAGGAGAUAAGGAACCCAUCCAGGAGCGAUUUUUCCGGCCUUAUUUUCUGCAGGCACCUGGGGACAUGGUAGCUCACGAAGGGCGGCUUUGUAGACUGGAUUGCAAGGUGAGUGGGUUACCACCUCCUGACCUGAUGUGGCUUCUGAAUGGCAAGCCAGUUUUACCAGACACCACUCAUAAGAUGCUGGUCAGAGAGACAGGAGUGCACUCUCUGCUUAUUGAUCCGCUUACGCAAAACGAUGCUGGAAUUUACACUUGCAUUGCCACUAACAAAACAGGACAAAAUUCAUUCAGCCUGGAGCUUAGUGUUGUAGAAAAAGAAGUUAAGAAAGCUCCAGUGAUUCUUGAGAAAUUACAGAACUGUGGAGUACCAGAAGGACAUCCAGUCCGGCUAGAAUGCAGAGUGAUUGGAAUGCCACCCCCAGUCUUUUAUUGGAAGAAAGACAAUGACACCAUUCCUCCCCAUAGAGAGAGGAUGAGUAUGCAUCAAGAUGCUACAGGAUAUGUUUGCCUUCUGAUUCAGCCCGCUAAGAAAGUGGAUGCUGGCUGGUACACUUUGUCUGCAAAAAACGAGGCUGGUAUCGUCUCUUGCACUGCUAGACUUGACAUAUACGCCCAGUGGCAUCAACAGAUCCCUCAGCCAAUAAAGAUUCGCCCUGGUGGCACCCGAUAUGCAAAUCUCUCGGGGCAAGGACUCGACAUUUUUUCUGCUUUCUCGACUGUUGAGAAUCCAGUGCGGUUUUCGUCACCAUCCCAGCCUGUGGUAGAAAGUGAAGAACUUUAAAAACCUCCGAUUCCAAUCUUACCUGCAAAAAAACAACCACCACCCCGUAACUAGAACUGUGAAAAAGAAUGGAAGGUACAAGCCAGGAGGCUCAAGGUUUACAAGCAACUUGUAUUUGUUGAGUAACUGUAGGGUUGCUGCAAUUCCUGUGAGUAACAUACUGUACAAGAUCUUAGUUCAGCAUUGUACUGUGGGGUCACUGUAGCAUUGAAUGCACUGCAGCAAGUUCAGUGCUCUGUUGUUUUCCCCCUCCCAAGUAUUAUGAGGGGAGGCAGCUGAGUUUUAAGCUGUUAAGAGAAAAAGCUCUGCCCACUUUUUUCUGCUUGAAUUAAAAAACAAACUACUGUACCUUAAACGCAUAAUGGUAAAGGUUUUGGACGUCCAGCUGAACACGACCAGGAGAAGUAUUGACAUUGUGAGAAUUCUGAAAGAGGGUGAGCUGCAUGACUUUGAAUAUAAUACUUAAAAGGUGGCUGACAGUCACAAAGCACAAGUCAAAUGUCAGCAAAAAAAAUGGAAAUGAAUCGUGAAAGAUCUGUUCAGGAGGAGUACACAAUUACAUCAGUAAGAGAUUUGGUGAAUGCAGAUAGGCAUAGCAUUUCAAAAAGGAACCACUAAAUACAGCAGAACACUUUAAAAAAUGUUGUGGGCUUAUGUUCCAUGAAUUUAUGUACUCAUGGUGUAUCAAAUCCUAAUGGAAAAACACCAUGCAUAUAGUUUGGAUGUUAACAUGUGCAAUUAAACAGCUUAUAUCCUACAAAACACACAUUAUAUAGACACCACAGCUACCUUUGCUAUGUGCAUUUUGAAGUGUGCUUACUAGUUCUUUUCUCAUUUUAGGAAUUCCCUAAUUUGAAACAAAAAUAAAUAGCAUACAGGUUAUUUUUGUUUCAUUGUGAUAUGAAUUCCUUUCUCAGCCGGAGGUUUGGAUAAUUGUGUGUGUACAGUGGAAGGAUGCCAUCCAAAUACUUUGCAAAUGGACCUAUAACUACCCGACAUUUUCAGAUGGACAUAAAUGAGUCCCACCUGACCAUCCUACUUCCUUCCCCGCCCCUCCACUUUGGACACACACUGAUGAGAAAAUACUUAUACAGGUAUUCUGUACUAAACAAACUAUGGCCCAUUCCAAUCAAAUAAAUUUGUUUCAUUUUGGGUACUAGUAGAGCUCCCAGUUUUCAAAGAGGUAAUUAUGCAUCUGAUUCUAGGGCAAAACUUUAGCAUUUUUGGUAAAAUGUCCCACCUGCACCCAGAAAAAACAAUUGUUAUUUGCAUGUGGCAGAAUGAACACACACAAAAGCUAUUUAUGAGAGAGAGGUAUUUACUAAUACAUCUCAUUAACCAGUUUAACUGCAUUUCUGUUUUAUUCAGUAUUCUAAACAAAAUCUCAAAGCUAGGGAUAUGUGUUAGCAUUUUCUUAAUGUUUAAGCUAUUUCUCAGGUGUGUGAUUCCAAUUUUAUUGCUAAGGGAUUAUUCUGUUGCCAUCAAUAGCCACUUGGCUGUAUAAUCUCCCUACAGGUUGAACCCUUCCAAGAAAUAGAAUUAAAUUCUAAUCCAAACCAAGAGCCUGAGAAUUUUCUACUAUUUCACUAGUGAUAAGCACCCGCACCCACCAUACACACAUGACCUGAGAUCACUAGCUUUUUUCACUGAAGAAUCAUCAAGCUCAUGGAAGUCUGCCAGAGAUUCAGUGUUUACAAAUAUAGACAGGAGAAGAUAUGCUAAGACUUUUUAACAUGAGCAAGUUUUAAAGGAUUGAUACAAAUGAAAGGCAGGUGACUUAGUUUGGUAUGAUGUUCCUGAUGGCUGUUGAUAGAGUAAAACAGAAUAUGACAACUGUUGACUGAAUUCCAUCGUUUCUAGUUAGCUCAAGGUCUGAUUCUGAUGUCAGUAAGACAGAGUUCAAAAAGAAGGAAAUGUCAUUUGAGACCAUAUCCUCUGCUUUCUCAUAAACAAGCAGGCCCUACCAAUAAUCAAAGUAGGGAACUGCUUCAGGCCACAAAUGCUGGGUGCCAGUGGCAGCAGCACUUUAGCUGUUCCUCUUAAGUCUCCUCCCCACCGCCAGCCAUUAUCUUUGUGAAGGACAGAGCUUUAUGGCUUAUCUUGGACCUCAGGCAGCACAAUGUCCUGGGUUGCCUGGUAAUGCUCUCUAAAUUAGGCCAGAAACUGGACUAUUCUAAUGCACUAAUAUCAUGAGAUCAAGUGCUUUUAAAUGGGUGUGCUACCUUCUACAAAGAGCAGAACUUGGUGGGAGGAACUUGUCCCCAAAAUAUAUUCUAAACUUUGAUAAAUUAAAAUCGUACUCAGAAUGUGUACAUGAAAUUAAGGAUUACUUUUAACUGCCCACAUAGAGAAAGAUGGAGUCCAUCUUCUUAAGUGUUAAAUAUAAAUAAUAUCAUUGUGUCAUUUUUGCUAUCAACACUUUUGUAGAGAAAGGUGCAAUAAAUGGGGGAUUGCUGUUUCAAGAACAAAGGAAUACUAUGAUUUAUGUUAACAGCAGAGAAGUCUCUUAGGCAGUGCUUUUCUUCUAGGGGGGGAAAAGGGUGCUGGUACUGCGUACCCUUGUAUACCCCCCGUUUCCCCUAGGAAAAAACACUGCUCUCAGGACACAAAAAUGUUACAGCAAAUGUCCAAAGUUUGGUUAAAGUUUAGAGGUAUUCAGCUACUGUGUUCCAUCAGUGCAAGAAUUUCUACUUGUGUGGCAGGACUUUCUGCCCUCUCCCUUCCCUUAGAUUUAGGAGUUAGACGGGGUUCCAUUGUGCAAGCAGAAAUCCCUGCACUGAUGGGACAUUCACUUAACACUAUGUUGAAUUCCACCCUUUCUAUUCAUGUGUAAAUGCUCCAGACAAUAGCUGUGCCCAACCUGAAAAGUCAGAUGCAGCCAACUCCCAAUUUACACAGGGGUUACGUUCUAAGCAGUGCAAUUUUUCUAGAAAAAGAGGUGCCAGAACUCACCAUUAACGCCUCCAUUGUUCUCUUAUAAUGGCAAUGGUGCCCACCUGAGGUGAUGGAACUGAGUUCCACUGAAAAUAAACCCUGGUUCUGAGGUACUGCAAGCGUCACUGAAAUUGUGUAUAUUUGAAAUACCAUUGGAAAAGCCUGCAAACACCAUCUAAACCUCUGGAAAUGCUUGAACAACUCUUUAAAAAACAACAACACUUACCAGGCACCAAAUUCCACCACAAUCACUCCUUUCAAACCUCCUUUCUCAAACUCCAACUCUUCACCGGCAUCAGCUGUUGGUAGAAGGGCUCCUGGGAUUCCUAGGUGCUGUUUUCAUGCCUUUUGCCUUUUCUGGGCUCUUUAAGGGCCGUUUUUGCCAUUUUAAAAGUCACUUCCAGGUUCGGCACAAUGUGUGCAUGUAUAGUUGCGCAACAGUUCAAUGUACGUAAACUGGGAGUUGCCUGUAUACACCAGCGAAUGUUAAAAAUUACCUAUACGUGAUUGGCAGCAUUCAUUGGUUGUGUAUAUCUAAAAAAUGCAAGGCAUAUAAAUAUUUCUGGAAAUUAAAGACAUUACUUAGAAUUGUCAGUGUUCAUGUGUGAAUGUCAACAUUCAGUGAAUUUUGUUACAACUGAUUUAAUUAUAGUUUAUUUCAAUGGAUUUUAGUCAUGACUGACAGUUGUUGAUCCCCCACCCAAAACUCCCAGACUAGUAGCCGUGUCAGGUAUGUUGCAGCAAAAACAACCAAGGGUCUUGUGGCACCUUAAAGACUAAAAAUAUAUGUAUUAUGGCAUAAUCUUCUAUUGUCUACAGUCAACCACGGCAGAUGCAUGAAGCUUUAUCUUGAGAUAUACACACACACACACACACACACACACACACACACACACACACACCUGAGGGGGGAUUGUAAGGAGUGAGGUCAGAGGAAAAUGAAAUGCAUAAAGAACAGAGACAGUGAUAAUUUACAAAACAGUUGUUGAUAAGAUAGGCACCCUGGAAUUAGGUCAGCUAAUUAACACAUGAAAUGUGAUAAUAGUAAUAAAUACCUUUGUCCCAUUUCAAGUUGCAGUUGAUAGCAUUGAAGCUGUACUUUAAUUUUAAUUCAGUGGUUUCACAUUGCCCUCUCCCUGUGAAGCUCUUUUCUUAAACAACAGCCAUAUUAAGGGCAGUUUUACAAUAUUUUAUACAACUACUUUUGAUUCUGUGAUAUCGGUUGUGUGGAUAACAUAUGAAAAGAUAGUUGCAAUCAUUUAUAUAGCCAAAAUGCAGUACAGAUACUCUGCCAGCGUUUUCUUCUUCUGCAAUAUUGUUUGAGCUCUUUUUUCCCUUCAUUUCAUUGAACAGAAGCCAAACUGCCUUUGCACUAUGAACAAAUUAUUUUGGCUUAUGCAACAAAAGAUGUACCUGCAAAAGGACAGAAUUUUCAUAACAACAAAAUAAACUUUAUCUUUUAAGUACUCACUCAGGACUCGGGUGGUUCAAUAAAAUUUAACAACCCUAAAAUGAGCACGGGGGGGGGGUUAAUUGAGCUUUUCAAAAUUCAUAUAUUUAUAAAUGUAUUUUGUUCCUUUCUGAGCAAACUUUGCAAAGCCGAAAAGACAUCCCCAGAAUCAGCACAUAGUGUAUGAGAAUACUAUUAAGCCAGAAAGCUGCUUCCUGUCCUUUGAGACUAUUUAAAAUAUAGCUGCUCAAAUCUCUGUGUGAGUUCCAGCAGAGAGCAGCAUCAAAAGCACAACAUUGAGGGUGUGCUGCAGAAAUGUUAAUAAUGAAGGCUUUGAAGAUUCACCAACUCAAAUAUUUAGUAUUGGGAAACAAACAACCCUGUGUGGUUCUCAUAUGUAGGCAAAACAUGAACAUACCUAGCAGCAUUGAUAUCCUCAUAUUUUAGAAUGACUAAAAAUACUUUUUAAAAAUUAUGUCAGCUGACCAAUGUCUGCUUCAAAAUAUGUUGGAAACUUGCUUUGAGUCAGAGAAAUGUGAUGUGUAAUACAAAUUGUGGAUUUUCUUUUUAAUAAGCUGCACCAGAAGGAUUUAAACACAGUUCUCUGAGAAGUGUUCUCAUACCCUCUGUAAACUGUAACUGAGUUAAUAUUACAAGGAAAAUCGAACAAAACUUUAUAGCUGCUAAAUUAAAUACUGCACAAGCCAGUGGCCUUAUAGUCUACCAAUUUGGAGUUGUUACAUUUCCAUUAAAAUGGGUUUUUAUCUUCAUAAUAUGUGAAGGUGCAUACCUUCGCUAGGGGAAAAAAGGGGGGGAAUAAAUGUUGCAAUUUUAAAUAAUAUUUUAAAUGCAUAUAAAAGGAAAUGUCAGAAUGUUCAGCAAAUGUAUUUUCCCUCCUCCAUUAAAUAAAUGCUUCAGAGUUGCA